AUAUUGUAAUGUUCUAUGUAUGAACUCUUUUUGAAUUUUGCUAAUGUGAUAUUUUGCAUUUUAGAUGAAGAAAAAGGUGAAGAAAAUCGACUACGACUGGGCUACACCCUGUAUACUAAAUUCUGGUCACUCCAAGACUUCUUCAGAAACCCAGUUCAGUGUUUUCAAAAGGCACCUUGGAAGAUGUUCACUGUGUAUUGUGGAGAUGUUUUAGAAGCAUUUAGAAGUUUCAAGUUGGAUAAUGUCCAGAGCAGUGGAAGUGGAGGGGCUCAUCUCACUCGUACAUUAUCUGAGCCGACACAUUCGAAUGAAAGUUCCAGCUUGCAACCCCAGGUGGACCAGUAUUUUGCAAAGUACUUAACAAACCAGAAGUUGCUCGACCUUCAGUUUUCAGAUACAAAUUUCCGUCGUUAUGUUUUACUGCAGAUCUUAAUCUUGGCUCAGUACUUGACCUCCAAUAUCAAGUUUAAACAGUAAGAAUUUUUUUUACUA